AUGUCCCCGCCGGUAGCGGCAGCACGGAGGGCCCGCGCUGCCGGCCCAAGCCGCGCUGACCCGCGCCUUCCCGGCGGAAGGACCCACCGGCGGGAGCUGCUUGGCGUCCUGAGGAACUUCAUCACACCGCACUUGCUGCCUCAGCUCCACCUUCACUGGCUGCUCGAGCAUGGCAUCACGGACAUACGCAGGGAGGGCAGCAGGGGUGAGAGCAGUGACUGCUUCGAGGAGCUGGAGAUCCUGUCUCCUGUGGUGAAACUGGAGGUUACAGAAACCUCAGGGGAUCACAGCAAGGAUGAUAUUAUCCAGAGGACUGAAGGCAUCAGGCAGUCUUCGAGCCACAUUCCCACAGAGGCUGCUGCCAGGCUCUGCCUGAGAGUUGCACUGGUUCAGAAGGCCAUGCAGCUGAUUGGCACCAGGUAAGACACUCUAAGUGUACAGAUCCUGGAAGAUGCUCACCCUGUAGUGCCAGACACUUCCCACUUGAACCACGUUUUCCAGCUGCCCUGCUGGCACAUCUUGGCCAUGCUGAAUUCAUACAGCAAGUACUUGCAGAGGGAGCUGCUCAGCAGACCAUGGGAGAGGGGAUGUGAUACCCGUCAGGCUAGGUGAGACCAUGCUGAUGGCCUCUUGCAGAUCCUAAAGAACUAGAACAAGUCUUUGGAUAAAUCCCUGGUGGUGUCCUUCCUCACGGCAGAGAUUAGCUGGCUGCCCACCACUAGUGAGGAGUUUGCACAGAGGCACAGGACUCUCUGGGAGCUGGCUGACAGCUGGAUCGGGCCCUACAUCAAGGUGAAGCUCUAGCACCGAGUGGGAGCUGAGCUGGGUGCUUCCACUGUGUCCUGUGUUCCACCCUCAUUCCCCUCAGCCUGUCAUUUUGUCAGCGUGGAAGGGGCAGUUUGGGUCCUUUAUCUGUUGAGCAAGCAGCACCUCUUGCACAGGGCAACAGAGGAACUGGAUUGGAAGCUCCUGAUCCCACAGGAAAAGUUAACAGCCACUGACCUGGCUAACAGCUGUGGCUGGGAGCCAGCUCUGGGUGGUGCAAUGUGGGAGGUGCUGGUAUCAGAAUCAAAGAAUCUGCUGAGUUGGAAGGGACCCAUCAGGAUCAAGUCCAACUCCCAGUCCUGUGCAGGACAUCACAAAAAUCGCACCAUGUGCCUGACAGCAUUGUCCAAACACUUYCUGAACUCAGACAGGCUUGGUGCCAUGACCACUGUCCUGGGGAGCCUGUUCCAGUGCCCAACCACCCUUAAGGUGAAAAACCCUUAGUCUCUCCUGACAGCCUUAUACCAUUUCCUCGAGUUUUGUCACUGGUCACAAGAGUGAAGAGAUCAGUACCUUCCCCUCAUGAGGAUGCUGGAGACCACAAUGAGGUCUUUCCUCAGUCUCCUCCAGGCCAAACAGACCAAAUUACCUCCACUGUUCCUCUCCAGUCCCACCGCCAUCCUCAUGGCUUCCUUUGAACUCUCUGUGAUAGCUCAAUGUCUUUUUUAUAUUGUUGUGCCAAAAGUGCCCCCAGGACUCAAGAUGAGGCUGCACGAGUGCAGAGCAGAGCAGGACAAUCCCCUCCUUUGCUGGCAGUGCUGUGCCAAUGCUGACGCACCCUGGGACAUGGUUGACCCUCCUGGCUGCCAGGGCACUGCUGACUCAUAUUCAACUUGCCAUGGACUAGAACCCCCAACUCCCUUUCUGUGGUGCUGGUCUCCAGCUUCUUGUUCCCCACUCUAUGCAUACGACCAGGGUUGCCCUGUACCAGGUGGAGAAUCUGCCAGUUGCUCUUGUUAAA